ACGCUUUCAGCCAAUGACAGAGCAGUGUGUGUGUGCGAGAGCACACACAGCUUUAGGCGACGACGACCAUGGACCGGAGCGCUGUCGCCCUCGUUGUUACAAACUUUUAACAUUUUGUGUCAUUUCCAGCGUGAUAAGGAGUUAGCGGCUCGGAGGAAUAAUGGGGGAAAUAGAGGGUUCAUACCGGGUUCUGCAGACCCCCGGCACAAGGCUGGGAGCCCAGUUCAACCCUGGUAUCAGCACCCUGGAGCCUGGCCAGAGCCUCAGUGGCAACAGGGUCAGCGGGAGCAAAAGCCACGGGCGAGGUCUCCAAAUCCGUGUGCAGGGGCUGGACGACUCCCAGGAGUUCUUUGACGUAGACCCAAAGUCUCUCGGACAGACCCUGCUCUCUGAGGUUUUCCACCGAGGUAACCUCAUCGAAAGCGAUUACUUUGGCCUCGAGUUUCAGAACAUGCAGAUGACCUGGGUUUGGCUGGAACCAACAAAACCCAUUGCAAGACAAGUCAGAAGACCUGCAAAUGCCUUGUUUCGACUUUCUGUGAAGUUCUUUCCCCCUGACCCUGGUCAGCUGCAGGAAGAGUACACCAGGUAUUUAUUCUCCCUGCAGAUGAAGAGAGAUCUGAUGGAGGGCAGGUUGAUCUGUACAGAAAAUACUGGAGCACUGCUGGCCUCACACCUUCUCCAGUCGGAGAUUGGAGACUACGAUGAUGGUGCUGUAGACAGGGAGUUCCUGAGAGCAAACCAACUGUUGCCUUACCAAGACAAAGUGCAAGAGAGGAUCAUGGAGCUCCACCGCAGGCACCUUGGACAGACUCCUGCUGAAUCGGAUUUCCAGAUUCUGGAGAUUGCACGAAAACUGGAAAUGUACGGCGUCCGCUUCCACCCAGCAGCUGAUCGAGAGGGCACCAAGAUCAAUCUGACUGUUGCUCACAUGGGCCUUCAGGUGUUUCAGGGCAACACAAAAAUAAACACCUUCAACUGGUCCAAGAUUCGCAAACUGAGCUUUAAGAGAAAGCGGUUCCUCAUCAAACUCCACCCAGAAGUCCAUGGACCCCAUCAAGAUAUUCUUGAGUUUAUGAUGGCCAGUCGAGACCAGUGUAAAAACUUUUGGAAGAUCUGCGUGGAGUACCAUUCGUUCUUCCGUUUGUUUGAUCAACCGGAGCCCAAAACCAAAGCAAUCCUCUUCACACGAGGUUCCUCCUUCAGAUAUAGUGGACGGACCCAGAAACAGCUUGUGGAAUAUGUUCGGGAGAACGGAGCAAAGAAAACCCCUUAUCAGAGGAGGAACAGUAAAGUAAGAAUGUCUGCUCGCUCCUAUACAUCUGAUGUGCCAAAACAGAUCUUGUCAUUCAGUGACAGUCCCAGGUUCCCAUGCUCCACCACUGAGUCCUUCCCCCCCGCACACAUGACCAGGAUUUUCCCACAAACGGAGCUGCCACCUCAGCACCAACCUGUAUCCGUACUGAGCCAGUCUCCAGCACCUCCCCAGCAGCAGCAGCCGCCGCCGCCGCUACAGCACCCCCUGGGAGCAGCUAGACCCUCCAGCCCUCCGAAGGAAGACCAAGUCAAGGCUCUUCCCCCAUCUCCCUUCUCGUUUCAAGAUUCAGUGAUGGACAAUCCUCAGCUCUCGCCCCUCACCUCCAAGGGUCCCCUCUGCCUGUCGCCUUCCUUCCAGAUGUCCACCCUCAGCCUGCCCAGCCAGGCCCCGUCUCCGCUGCAGAGCCCCAUCCUGAGCGAGGUGGGCAGCGCUGCCAAGCUAGAGGAGGAGGAGGAGGGCAGGAGGAAGCCCCCUUUCUUCCUUCAGCGAUAUCCCACCGACAAGGCCUACUUCAUUGCCAAAGAGAUUCUGACCACAGAGCGAACCUACUUGAAAGACCUUGAGGUCAUCACUGUGUGGUUCCGUAGCGCUGUGAUCAAAGAAAAUGCCAUGCCUGAAGGCCUCAUGACGCUCCUCUUCUCUAACAUCGACCCCAUCUACGAGUUCCACCGAGGAUUCCUGAAGGAGUUGGACCAGAGGCUGGCUCUCUGGGAGGGCCGAUCAAAUGCACACGUCAAAGGUGAUUACCAGCGGAUCGGUGACGUGAUGCUGAAAAACAUGUGUGCUCUUAAGGAAUUCACCAGCUACCUGCAGAAGCAUGACGAGGUCCUAACAGAGCUAGAGAAAGCCUCCAAGAGGCUAAAGAAGCUGGAGACGGUCUACAAAGAGUUUGAACUGCAGAAGGUGUGCUACCUACCCCUGAACACAUUCCUGCUCAAGCCCAUCCAGCGCCUCAUGCAUUACAAGCUCAUCCUGGAGAGACUAUGCAAGCAUUAUUCGCCGGCUCACCGUGAUUAUGAGGACUGCAAGGAAGCCCUGAAGGAAGUAGCAGAGAUCGCCAACCAGCUCCAGAGCAGCCUCAUUCGGCUGGAGAACUUCCAGAAGCUGACCGAGCUGCAGAGAGACCUGAUUGGGAUCGAGAACCUAACGGCUCCCGGCAGGGAGUUCAUCAGGGAGGGCUGUCUGUACAAGCUGACCAAGAAGGGGCUGCAGCAAAGAAUGUUCUUCCUGUUCUCCGACAUGCUUCUCUACACCAGCAAAGGUGUUACGGCAACCAAUCAGUUCAAAGUACAUGGGCAGCUGCCGCUUCAUGGCAUGAUUCUCAUAGUGCUGGAUGCACCGGUUGAGGAAAGUGAAAACGAGUGGUCGGUCCCGCACUGUUUCACUAUUUACUCUGCUCAGAGGACCAUCGUGGUGGCUGCCAGCUCUAAGGUGGAGAUGGGGAAGUGGAUUGAGGAUCUGAACAUCGCCAUUGACCUGGCCAAGAAGUCUCAGGAGAAAUCUGGCAUCUUCCUCGACACCGGCCUCAGCGAUCACUCCAACCGCUCAUCUGAUGAGGUUUCUCUGGAGCAGGAGUCGGAGGAUGACAUGAACUCCUCCCGCACUUCACUGGACAAGCAGACCCACCAUCGUGCCAACACAACCAUGCAUGUGUGCUGGCACCGCAACACCAGUGUGUCUAUGUCUGAUCACAGCCUGGCCGUGGAGAACCAGCUGUCUGGCUACCUGCUAAGGAAGUUUAAGAACAGCAACGGCUGGCAGAAACUCUGGGUCGUGUUCACCAACUUCUGCUUGUUCUUCUACAAGACGCACCAGGACGACUUCCCGUUGGCCAGCCUCCCGCUGCUCGGCUACACGGUCAGCACCCCCGACGAGUCGGACAGCAUUCACAAGGAGUACGUCUUCAAGCUGCAGUUCAAGUCGCACGUCUACUUCUUCAGGGCUGAGAGCGAGUACACCUUUGAGAGAUGGAUGGAGGUGAUCAAGAGUGCAGCGAGCACCACGGGCCGGAUGAGCCUGCUCAUACCUAAAGGUGGUCCUGUGGAGAUGAACGGAAACUAAAUGAAGCAUUAUGGAUCCAGAGGCUGGGCCUCUUGGAAAUCACGUUGUGUUCUUUCUACAUUCAGUUUUGGAGAUUAACAGCUGGAGACUGAAUGAUACUGCCAGAUUAAAUGUUAAUGUUUUUCAGCUUCUUUCUAACGUGUGCAUUGUUUUCUAUUAGUUAUAUAAAUAAUAACGCAUUUCUGUAUAAGGGAUAUAAUGAAAGGGAGAUGUGUACAUUAUGAUCUUUUUUUUUUUUUUUUCUGCAUGUGUAGGGCUCAAUUUGACUGUUUGACCCAAGACUGAAGGCAGAUCCAGUUUUAUGGGACCAGCCGUGAUAACGGGCUUAAAUUUCUGCUUUUGAAAGGACAUUGCGUAUGAUUAUUGGAACACAGUAUGUGGGGCAUGAAGGUAGCUAGCAUGUGCUCUGUGCGGUAUUUUAGAGUGAGCCAAGACGUGCGAGCUCCGAAGGUGAGCAGAAAGUCAAAGAAAUGUUCACGGAUGAGAAGACUGGAAGUUGUCUAAUUCACGCGGCUCUGCUGACUCAGCCUGAGCAACUCUAAAUGCUGGAAGAAGCAGGAAGGAUUAAGGGUUUAUCUGUUUCCUACCAGAAGGAUACUGUUUCAGUUGUUUAAACGGUGGACAUUCUGCUUUAUAUCCCCGGUUAACCUGCAUUAUGGUCAGUUGGGUGCCAUUUCUUUCUGUGUGCUAUCAUCGCUAAUCAAAUGUAAUUAAAUGUAACCUGUUUUAGUUUACAUAGGGAUAACAUCUCAACAUACACCGCAGGGCUCUCUCUGUGUGAAGGUGUUCCCUCUAAAGACAAAGCUGAAGAACAUAUUUUGAGCUCUUCCUGUCAGGCUGUUUUAGAUAAACAGGAGUUGACUUAAAGGAGGUACGACUGAACAGCAGAUUUGGUUUGGUACGUGAAAUAAUGGUGUUUGGUAUACAUUUUCUGUGAAGACUGGAAACCUUAACCUGUGCGUGUGUGUGUGUGUGUGUGUGUACACUGUAUGUGAGUGUGUGUGUGGGGAGAUGAUACCCAUGUACUCUUACCUGAUCUUCUCCUGCCUCUGAAGAAUGUGAUGAUAGAGGUCAUCAUCUCCAGCCCGUUAGUCAUUUCUGCGUGUGUACCAAGUAGUUGCCCAGGUAACAAGCAGCACGUAUGUCCUAUUUAUUGUCCUCAGCAUCGUGUUUCUGAACGCCCUCAUGUAAACUUCAUGUUAUUCCACUGACGAAUUAAACCGAUUUUGACUGAA